AGGGGGAAGAGAAAAUAAUUCUGCCGGACGCAUGCAAUAGACGCUGACAUCUCAGCUCAGCCUGCCUUUUGUUUCUACAGGCAGUUUUGCAGACAGACCCAGGCAAGGAGGGACUUCACAGGCCAGGAAGGAGCCUCGAAUAGCAGGAGCCGGGAAACAACGUGGGCUCCAAGAGGCUGUCUGUGAGAGAGGCUGGUGGCUAAUAGCUUGCUGGCUUAGCCUGGGGGCUCUCAUAGACACUUAAGUCUAGCCCAGAGGGGGUGUUGUGCAACAUGAAAGUAGUGGCUUUAAUCAGUGGUGGGAAAGACAGCUGCUACAAUAUGAUGCAUUGUAUUGCUGCUGGGCAUCAGAUUGUUGCCUUAGCCAAUUUAAGACCUGCAAGAAACAAAGAGGAUACAGAUGAGCUGGAUAGUUACAUGUAUCAAACAGUGGGACACCAUGCCAUAGAUCUGUAUGCUGAAGCAAUGGGGUUGCCUCUUUAUCGUCACACAAUUAAGGGUACCAGUGUAAACACUAGCAGAGUAUAUACCAGGUGUGAAGGUGAUGAAGUUGAAGAUCUUUAUCAGCUUCUGAAACUUGUGAAGGAUGAGGAGGGUGUGGAAGGUGUCUCUGUAGGGGCAAUUCUUUCUGACUAUCAGCGAGUCCGUGUGGAAGAUGUGUGCAAAAGACUUGCCCUGCAGCCUUUAGCUUACCUUUGGCGUCAAAACCAGGAAACAUUGCUCAGAGAAAUGAUAUCCUCGAAUAUUCAAGCAAUAAUCAUAAAAGUAGCAGCUUUUGGUUUAGAUCCGGAUAAACAUCUAGGAAAAACAUUGGCUGAAAUGGAACCUUAUCUUUUAGAACUUUCUAAGAAGUAUGGAGUCCAUAUCUGUGGAGAAGGUGGAGAAUAUGAAACAUUCACAUUGGAUUGCCCUCUAUUUAAGAAGAAAAUAGUUGUCGAUUCAUCAGAUGUGGUUGUGCAUUCAGCAGAUGCAUUUGCUCCUGUGGCUUAUCUUCGUUUGUUAAAAUUGCACUUAGAAGACAAGGUGCAUUCUCUGAACGAAGUCCUAGUCGGAAGCUGUUCUUGCGAGAUUAAGUGUUUUGAGGAUAAAACGUGGCCUGCAUUUUGGGAGCAAAAGGAAACUCUUCACAUCACCUGGCAUUCUUCUAGACCUACCUUGGUCAAGUCCAGUAAGCCAUUGGAAUUCUCAGGGAAAUCUGGAAAAGGUUACCAGUGGAUAGCAGGCAUUGGCGCUCAGCUUCAUCUAUCAGAAGGAAGAACUGCACAAGAUUCAGCUAAAAAUGUCUUUUCAUCACUCCAAGCUCAUCUGAAUUCAAAAGGAUUGGAUUUGACAGAUAUUAUUUUGGUCCAUCUGUAUGUGAAGAGCAUGAAAGAUUUUGUUGUGAUAAAUUCAGUCUACAUGACAGUAUUUGAUUUGUGUCCCCCAGCAAGAGUAUGUGUAGAAGCCCCCUUGCCUGAAGGAAUGCUAUUUCAGAUGGACUGCCUUGCACAUCAUGGGAUGAUUAGUGAUGCACCCUAUUGUCAGAAGCAAGUUAUGCAUGUACAGAGCAUUUCUCACUGGGCCCCUGCCAAUAUUGGACCCUACAGUCAGUGCAUACAGGUUGGAGACGUUCUCUACUGUGCUGGACAGAUUGCACUAGUACCAUGUACUAUGCAGCUUAUCAGUGCUGGCAUAGAAGCAGAAGCUUCGGUUUCCUUGAGCCAUGUUGCAAAGGUCCUACAAGCCAUGAGCCACAAUGCUGAACUCUACCAUGUACUUAUGGUAAACUGUUAUGUAACUGACAGCAAGUAUAUUUCUGUCGCUCAAGCUACAUGGCAGAAGAAAUUAAGAGAACUUAAAAAGGUAAAAGAUGAAGACAUACAUAGUGAUGUACCUACAGUGUGUGGAGAGCUAGCUGUGAUUGUGGUACCUUCCCUUCCCAGAGCUGCAUCCAUUGAAUGGCAUGUCAUUGCAGUAGUAGAUGAGCAACAGCAAAGGCAGAAGCUUGUGUUAAUGAGGUCGUUGGAGUACUGUCAAAUUAAAUGUGAAGCUGUGCAGUCCCAUCCAGCUUGUGGUACAGCUAUUGUCAUAUCCCUGAGCAUGACUUCACUAUCAACAUCUACAGUCAAUUUAGACAGAGUAAUGCAUGACAUGGUGGAAUUGUUUAAGCAAGCAGCUGAGAAGAUAUCAGAAGAUGAUGACAUGACUCCUUUGGCUUUUAGAACAUUCUAUCGGAAGAAUAUUAUUGAAAGGGAAGCACUGCAAGCAGGACUCCAGGAACAACUUGAAGAACAAAUGGGGAAGAAAGUGCCGGCUCUAAUUAUGGUACCUGUGGUGGAUUUGUCUGGCAACACAAUUAUUCAAAUAGUAUGUUGGCUCAGCCAGUAGCUAAGCAGCUAUCAUUACUGCAUGCGUUCCAUUUAGAGCAAGAAAAGGUCACAUGGAUUGUUGAAGAUAGCCAUUAAAUACUUGGCUGGAUAUUAUCUGAUGUUAACAAGCAGACCUGUAUCUUCCUUACCUACUUGUUUGUGUUUCCUUCUUUGGGCCAAAUUCUCAACAAGUUGCACUUGAUUAUUACAAGCAAAUAAUGGUGUGCCUUCUGUAGAUCAGAAUCUUGUUCUAGGGACAAGUAAUCAGCCAUUUACACUGAUCCAGUUCAAUUAAGCUUAAUGUAUUUGGUAGCAAAAAUAAUCUCACAUUGCUUAGGGUCCAGAGAGAACUAUGCAGACAUAAGGGUCCCAUUGUUUGCUAUGAGAGGAAGAAAGGUGUGGAAGCUCAAGGAGCUCCUUCAUUUCUCAUAGCAAAACCUCAUUGAGAACUCCGAUCUGAUCCACUGUGCCACGUCCAAUACAACAGAUAUGGCUAAGAAUUGUAAAGUGUGAAUACUCUUCUUUUGGAGGACAUGUCUCACACAACUAAACCCAUCCGUUAUCUUGUAUGAGCUCUAAAUGCACCCUUACCCGCCAACUAACUGUAGAGUCUUUCCUUCCCUGGCCAAAAUACAGUGGGUAUAGGAAAGAAUCACCCCCUUUGAUAGACCUUAAAUUCUGGUUCCCUCACAUCCUGAAAUGAAAACACAAAGAAAAUUCCCUUCACCAGCUGUACUUAUCCAAUGCAACCUAUAACAUCCAACUGAAAAACAUCACAAUUACAGUCCAGAAAAAGUGUCAGAAAUAAAAAACAAGAAUUACUGAGAUUGAAAAAGGAUCCCUCCCUCCCAAUGUCAAUAUUUUGUUGAACCACCUUUUGCUUUAAUAACAGCCUUGAGUCUGUUGGGAUACUUCUCUAUCAACCUUGCACAUCUAGACGGAGCAAUAUUUGCCCACUCCUCCAUACAGAACUGUUCAAGUUCGCUCACAUAGGAUGGUAGGUGUUGGUGGACUGCUAUCUUCAAAUCUCUCCACAGAUUUCCUAUGGGAUAUAGGUCUGGGCUCUGACUGGGCCACAUGAGGACGUUCACUUUUUUCUCCUUCAGCCACUGUGUGGUCAAUUUUGCUGUGUGCUUCGGAUCGUUGUCAUGUUGAAAGGUGAAUCUUCUGCCCAUCCUCAACUGUCUGGCAGAGGGUAGCAGGUUUUCUUCCAGAAUCUGACGGUAUUUUGCCCCAUCCAUUUUUCCUUCUACCCUAACGAGAGCCCCAGUCCCUGAGGCAGAGAAACACCCCCACAACAGGAUGCUGCCACCUCCAUGCUUCACUGUAGGUAUGGUGUGUUGUGGAUGGUGAGCUGCAUUGGAUUUACGCCAGGUGUACUGUUUGGUGUUGAGGCCAAAUAGUUCAAUCUUGGUCUCAUCUGACCAUAAGACCUUUUUCCAUUUGGCAUCAGAAUCUUCAAGGUGCCUUCUGGCAAAGCUCAAACGAGCUUUAAUGUGGCCUUUCUUGAGAAGUGGCUUUCUCCUUGCGACCCUCCCGAACAAGCCACAUCUGUGGAGCGCUCGUGAAAUUGUUGUCACAUGCACAGAACAACCACUCUUUGCCAUGAAGUCCUUUAACUCCUUCAGAGUGGCCAUUGGCCUCUUGGUAACCUCUCUUACCAGUUUCCUCCUUGCUCUUCCAUCCAGUUUGGAGGGCCGACCGGAUCCAGGGAGGAUAGCAGUCCACCAACACCUACCAUCCAAUGUGACCGAACUUGAACAGUUCUGUA